GGAUAUGAAACUGAUGAAAACCUUUUAUUUUGUUGAGUUUUUGGAGUUUCCAGAUUUUCGACAACGAUUGCAUAGAUGUUGCAUUCAGACGAAGACAAAAGCAAUGUGGUCCAAUUUCCGGAAGGAGUAACACCAUUUGUUCAUAUUACUCAAAAUAUAUUUUUAAGGCGAAAACAUAAGAAACUGAAAGAAGAUGAUAUUGCUAUUUGUGAAUGCAAGUAUGAUGCUAGUGAUCCUGAAAGUGCGUGUGGAGAAAGAUGCUUGAAUAUGCUGACCAACAUUGAAUGUACACCGGGAUACUGCCAGUGCGGGGAGACUUGCAAAAAUCAGAUAUUCCAGAAACGUGAAUAUGCAAAAACUAAGUUGUUCAGGACUAUCGGGCGUGGUUGGGGCCUUAUAGCUGAUGAGAAUAUAAAGGCCGGACAGUUCAUCAUUGAAUACUGUGGAGAAGUGAUAUCAUCUGAAGCAGCAAAGAAAAGGUCUCACGCUUAUGAAGCUCAUGAAAUCAAGGACACGUACAUAAUUUCUCUAGAUGCUAAUUAUUUCAUUGACUCCACUCGGAAGGGAAAUUUUUCAAGAUUCAUAAAUCAUGCAUGCCGACCAAAUUGUGAAACGAGGAAAUGGACAGUGUUAGGGGAAACAAGGGUAGGAAUAUUUGCAAUGCAAGAUAUAUCGGUUGGAAUGGAGCUGACAAUUAACUAUUAUUUUGAGUGGUACGGGGGUAUAACUGUUCGUUGUCUGUGUGGAGCUGCAAACUGUUGUAUUUUUUUGGGUGCCAAGUCUCAACGAUUCCAGGAGUACAACCAUGUCUGGAAAGAUGGUAACAACAGUCUUUCUCACUGUAGAUAUAAGGUGGAACCAAGUAAUAGGUCACGUAAGAAUUAUAAUAUUAUUGAAUCUGGUUCAACAACGAAGAAGAAAUCUCAGCGCAUUCCCAAGUGGAAGAAGUCUCAUCGCAUUCCCAAGCGGAAGAUUAGAUCUUCCAGCCAUAAGCAAGUCAUCAAAGGAAGCACGAGAAGAAGUUACCAAGUACCAGGGGAUAAAAAAUUGAAGUCAUUUUAACGUUCAACUCCGUAUAUGAAGAGCAUGGGCGGGACAACCAGAAUAGUACCCACAGAUAUAGUGAGAAGUGGAUAGAAGCAAACUGCUAGCUCUAAGUAUAAUGCAUAUUGUACUUUAAUUUAUAACUUGAAAUAAUGUACUUAUAAUAAACUC